UUAUUACUUUUCUAAACCCUAUUUCAGGUUUAGUCACCCCCUCCCUCCCAUUUCUCGUCACUGCACACUGCACACUGCACGCCGUCUCAACGGCUGCCGCCACACGCUGCAUUCUCAGCUGCCGCCGUCUCAGCCUUCCGCCGCUCAUUUCUCUGAUCUGCAAGGGCUAAGGGACCGAAGAUGAGCCUAAAUCAUUUACUCCUUCGUCGAACACUGAAGAAUUUUUUGAGAAUCAAUGGCAACUUACUUCGUCAUCAAUCGGCUGUCAACAUCAAUGCCACUCGCACUUUCAUCACAUCACCUUCAUUUUCUUUGCUCGAUCCACACUACGGUUGUUAUUCUUCAGUUCCUCUCAGGAAUUUUGAGCUUGGAAAAUCAAAUUCAAUUUUCAGUAGGUGCAUCCACUCCACUGUAACUAAGUUGAGUGAUGCAGCAAUGGAGCCAAAACUCGAGUCUGCAGAUGUUGAGGAAGAUGACGGAUUAAUGAAUGAGUUCUUGUCCAGAUUUGUCUGGAUAAUUCGCGGGAAGAUUUCUGAAACAUUUCCAGAUUAUGAUAAGAAGACAGUCGAUGCAAUGCUUUUGAUGAUUGUGGAAAAAGUAGUAUCUGAAAUGGAAAAGGGUAGCUUUGAGCAGUCAUUAAAGGCUUCAACUGAGAAUCGAGAUUGGGACCUAAGUGAGGAUUUGUGGAAGACAGUAAGUGAAGUUAGCAACAUGGUUUUGGAUGAUAUGAAGAAGGCUACGAAAAAGGAGAAAAUGAAGGGUUUUCUGCUGUCUGAGGAAGUUCAAGAAAUGUGUAGGUUUGCUGGGGAAGUUGGCAUUCGAGGCGAUAUGCUGAGGGAAUUUAGGUUCAAAUGGGCCCGUGAAAAAAUGGAGGAAAGCGAGUUUUAUGAAAGUUUGGAGCAGCUCAAAAAAGAGGCUUGUACCCAGGAAGAAAACAACGAUUCUCCGAGCAGUGUAGAGGAUGCAUCCGAGGUGAAAUCCGAGGCUGUUUCGCUUCCCAAAAGGCGAGGGAAGAUUAAGUACAAGAUUUAUGGUCUUGAUUUAUCGGAUCCCAAGUGGAGUGAAGUAGCAGACAAAGUCCAUGAGGCAGAGGAGGUGUUAUGGCCCCAGGAACCGAAACCAAUAUCUGGCAAAUGCAAACUGGUCACGGAGAGAAUUUUUUCAUUAAAUGAUAACGAAGACCCAUCGCCAUUAUUGGCUGAAUGGAAAGAUCUUCUUCAACCCACUAGGGUUGACUGGAUCACCUUACUCGACAAAUUGAACGAGAGUAAUAGAUUCUUAUACUUGAAGGUUGCAGAACUUCUUUUAAGUGAAGAGUCUUUUCAGACCAACAUCCGUGACUACUCUAAGCUUGUCGAUGUCCAUGCUAAAGAGAACCGCCUCGAGGAUGCCGAAAGGAUUCUUAAGAAGAUGAACGAGAAGGGCAUUACACCAGACAUUUUGACAGCCACAGUUUUAGUUCAUAUGUACAGCAAGGUGGGCAAUCUUGAUCGUGCAAAGGAAGCUUUUGAUACCUUAAGGAGUCAUGGGUUCCAGCCAGAUGAGAAGGUUUAUAAUUCCAUGAUAAUGGCAUUUGUAAACUCUGGACAACCCAAGUUGGGCGAGUCGCUGAUGAGAGAGAUGGAAGCAAGGGACAUUAAACCCAGCAAGGACAUUUACAUGGCAUUGCUAAGGUCAUUUUCCCAACGUGGCGAUAUUAGUGGUGCUGGAAGAAUUUCUGCUACUAUGCAGUUUGCUGGCUUCUCGCCAAGUUUGGAGUCCUGUACAUUGCUCGUUGAGGCAUACGGGCAAGCUGGUGAUCCCGAUCAGGCAAGGAACAAUUUUGACUACAUGAUAAAAAUUGGGCACAGGCCUGAUGACAGGUGCACUGCAAGUAUGGUUGCAGCUUAUGAAAAGAAGAAUCUGUUGGAUAAGGCUUUGAAUCUUUUACUACAGCUUGAGAAGGAUGGAUUUGAGCCCGGGGUUGCAACUUAUGCCGUUCUUGUAGAUUGGUUGGGCAAGUUGCAGCUGGUCGAUGAAGCUGAGCAGAUAUUAGGCAAGAUCGGCGCGCAGGGUGAUGCCCUCCCUUUUAAGGUUCAUAUUAGCCUAUGUGAUAUGUACUCGAGAGCUGGGAUUGAAAAAAAGGCGCUGCAAGCUCUCAGGGUCUUGGAAGCUAAAAAGGAGGAGUUGGGACAUGGUGAUUUUGAGAGGAUCAUAAAUGGACUCAUAGCAGGUGGGUUUGUGCAGGAUGCUAAAAGAUUGCAGGGUGUUAUGGAGGCCCAGGGUUUUACUGCUUCCCAAUCACUUCAAAUGGCUCUGAGGACAUCUCAAGCUCUUCGUGGCAGGAGACUGCCUUGAGAUGCUUUUUCGACCAUUUAUAAAUUUAUUGAAAAUUUGUUUCUACGGGCGGAAAUGUGAAUAUUUACCAUCAACUAGCAUUCUAUGGCAAAGCUAGUGGCUGGAAAGAAUUGGCAUCUCAGCAUUUCUUUGUCAGGAACAUGUCUUGUGCGAUUCUCUGCAAAUGCCAAGAACUUCAUCUAGAUUAUUCCCUUCUUAGAUGGUCGUUGAUGCAGUUGGAGAAGGAGCUGACUUACAUUUUAUAUGGUAAAUUCAGAAUCUAGAGGACACUGUUCUUAGUAUUUUUACCUGUCAUAAGCUGCAUUGCUUUAAGGAUGUUCGUGUCGGACGUAACGGUUACUAGUUUGUCCUGUUCGUGAAAAAUAAAAAUAUGUUAGUGAGAACUGUUGUUUGUAAUCUGGUUUUGUAGCCUGAGGGAAGACAGAAAAUAACCUCACAAGUCAUUAUUUCCCCAACUUUUGUGAAUAUGGGACAUCUCCCAUCUGCUAUUAUCUUCUUCAGAUAGUCUGUUUAGGAGGACCAUAAAAUACAGCAAUUCCCAACUCAAUAUUCAUGGAAUA